CUUCUCUCUUCAAAUCUCCACCUUUAGCUAGGGUUUCUAAUCCUGCCUCAACACCCCUUCAAGAUACUCCUCUCUGUACCUAGAAGACUAGGGUUUACUUGCAAUUAGUCAUAUAAUAACAUGGGCAAGCACAGGAAGCUAUCGCUCCGUGAGGAUUCAUCAUCAUCCUCGUCAUCGAAGGUUGAUCCUUACAAGAAGCCCUAUUCCUCUUCAGCCUCACACCAUGCACGAAAUUCAGCCCCUCAUCAUCAAAAGCACCAAGAUUUACAACAACAACAACAAAUAGGUAAGCGUCCGACUUUCCCUUCAUAUCUCGAAACCCCCAAUUUGCCACCAAAAAUGAAACUACUGUGUGAAAUCAUUGCAAACACUCCUUCUUUGGGUGUCGAGACUGUUCUUGAGGAUACCGGUAUUCGGGUUUCUCGAGAAGAUGUAGAAGAAGUGUUGAAACUGUCUUAUGGGUUCCCUGGUCCCGCCGUGAAGUUUUUCCGGUGGUCUGGGCACCAGCUCAAUGAUAAGCAUAGUCCCUAUGCUUGGAACUUAGUGGUUGAUUUGUUAGGCAAGAAUAGUUUAUUUGAUGCAAUGUGGGACGCGAUUAAGUCUAUGAAGAAAGAAGGGUUGCUUUCUUUGGCGACAUUUGCUUCAGUUUUUAGUAGUUAUGUUGAGGCAAAUCAAAUUCAAGAAGCGAUCAUGACGUUUGAGGUUAUGGAUCAGUAUGGUUGUCCUCGGGACAUUGUGGCAUUGAAUUCACUUCUUAGUGCAAUCUGUAGUCAUGGUAAUACUAGGCAUGCAAAGGAGUUUUUGGGUAUUGCGAAGGAUAAGAUUAGGCUAGACGCAGAUACAUAUGCAAUUUUGUUGGAGGGCUGGGCAAAUGAGGGGAAUGUGGAUAGUGCUAGGCAAACCUUCACAGAGAUGGUGGCAGAUAUUGGGUGGGAUCCUAGAAAUGUAUUGGCUUAUGAUACAGUUUUGACUACUUUUCUUAAGGGUCCUGAUGGGAUGCAUUCGGUAAUGAAGUUCUUUGAUACAAUGAGAGAUAGGAGGUGCUAUCCUGGGAUGAAGUUCUUCAAGGCUGCUCUCGAGGAGUGUUUAAAGAAGGUUGAUGUGAAAACUGCCCAGUUGCUUUGGGAUGAAAUGAUUGGGAAAAAUUGUUGUAGUCCUGAUACUGAGAUGUAUAAUUCGAUGAUUGCUCUACAUUGUUAUGUCAAGGACACUAGUUUGGCUAUAAGCUUGUUGGAUGAAAUGGACACUAGUUUAGCUAUAAGCUUGUUGGAUGAAAUGGUUUAUAAUGGGGCAUUCCCGGAUGUUCAAACUUACAACAUAUUGUUCCAGUUCUUGAUUAAGAUUAGAAGGUUGAAAGAUGCUUCAACAAUGUUUUCAGAGAUGAUUAAAAACGAGUGUGUACCCAGUCAUGCAAAUUGCAGUUCAGCUGUUAAGAUGUACAUGGACGGUGGAGACCCAUAUAUGGCUAUAAAGGUUUGGAAAUGUAUGAUUGAGAAUUUCCAUUCUCAGUUGGAGGAUAUAAGCAAUUUUUUGGUUGUGGAACUCCGUGAGAUUAAUAAGGUCCCUGAAGCAGUUAAAUGUGCUGAGGAUAUGAUUGAUCGAGGGAUCAAGUUGAGCUCUUCGUCAUUAUCAAAGUUGAAACAAAGCUUAACAAAAUCAGGAAAGGCUUUUGUUUAUGAUGAACUGUUGAGAAAGUGGAAAACUCAUUAG